GUGUGGCAUACUAAAGUUGAGAGAAAUUUGUUGAUUCUGAUAAAAAUGUUGCGCUUUCGGGCCGGGAAUAACACCUGUCGCCAUUUUCUCAAUCUCUGCAGUCGUAGGAUUAUGCCGUCAGUAGCUUCUUAUUCAGACGCAAAGGCAGCUCCAGAGAAGUUAGAGGUUUUUGUAGAUGGCAAGUCUGUGCUUGUAAAUCCAGGAACAACAGUUCUUCAAGCUUGUGCUAUGGUUGGCGUUGAAAUACCGCGUUUCUGUUAUCAUGAUCGGUUGUCUAUUGCCGGGAAUUGUAGAAUGUGUCUUGUAGAAGUCGAGAAAUCAGCGAAACCUGUUGCUGCUUGUGCUAUGCCUGUAUUGAAAGGCUGGAACAUAAAAACAGACUCUCCAAUGACAAAGAAAGCUCGCGAAGGCGUAAUGGAAUUCCUCCUUGUUAAUCAUCCACUGGACUGUCCAAUCUGUGACCAAGGAGGAGAGUGUGACUUACAAGAUCAGUCAAUGACAUUCGGAAACGAUCGCACAAGAUUUGAAGACAACCAGUUUUCAGGAAAGAGAGCUGUUGAGGACAAGAACAUCGGGCCCCUUAUUAAGACGAUAAUGACUCGGUGUAUUCACUGCACUCGAUGCAUAAGAUUUGCGAAUGAGGUGGCUGGAGUAGAAGAUCUUGGAACAACCGGCAGAGGUGGAGACAUGCAGGUUGGAACGUAUGUUGAAAAAAUGUUUCAAUCUGAACUAUCAGGCAACGUCAUAGAUCUUUGUCCUGUUGGUGCUCUUACGUCAAAGCCGUAUGCAUUUACAGCACGUCCAUGGGAGCUAAGGCGAGUCGAUUCUAUUGAUGUGUUGGAUGCUGUUGGGAGUAAUAUAUCUGUGAACACGAGAAGUGGAGAAGUGAUGAGAAUCUUGCCACGAAUGAAUGAGGAUAUCAAUGAAGAAUGGAUCUCUGACAAGACACGAUUUGCUUACGACGGAUUGAAACGCCAGAGGCUAACGACACCAAUGAUGAAGAACAUUGAAGGCAAACUGGUGCCGUGUACGUGGGAAGAAGCUCUUCUCACUAUUGCCGACAAGAUGGAUGCAGUAAAUGGUCAGGAAAUGGCUGCUGUUGCAGGUGGCCUUGUGGACGUUGAGUCGUUGGUAGCUCUAAAGGAUUUAUUUAAUCGUUAUUCAUGUGAAAAUCUCUUCACUGAAGAAAGCUACCCUUUCAGUGGUGCAGGUGCUGACUUGCGAUCGAGUUACAUUAUGAACAGUGGAAUUGCUGGCAUUGAGGAUGCUGAUGUUCUUCUAUUGGUUGGUACAAACCCACGAUUUGAGGCUCCUCUUGUAAAUGCAAGGAUCAGAAAGAGUUGGAUUCAUAACGAUCUGAGAAUUGUCAUGGUUGGCGGUCAGGUCGACUUAACAUACACAUACGAGCAUCUUGGUGAGUCUUCUUCAUUGUUGAACGACAUUGUUAAUGGCAAGCAUUCAUUCAGUAAGGAGUUUGCAAAUGCCAAGCGGCCGUUGGUAAUCGUUGGCAGCAGCUCACUACAAAGCACAGACGGUGCCGCUUUGCUCUCACUAGCGACGAUGCUAGCAAACCAGCAUGCUGCAGCUAGUGAAAGUGGUUGGCGUGUUUUGAACGUGCUGCAUAGGGUGGCUAGUCAAGUGGGUGCUCUGGAUGUUGGAUAUAAGGCAGGGAUUGGGGGUCUCUCCAGUACAAAGUUGCUGUAUCUUCUUGGGGCGGAUGCUGGUAUUGUCUCUCAAGACAGCGUGCCUGAAGACUGUCUGAUUGUUUAUCAAGGUCACCAUGGUGACCGUGGAGCUCUACUCGCUGACGUCAUACUUCCCGGGGCUGCAUAUACAGAGAAGACAGCCACAUAUGUGAAUACGGAAGGAAGAGCACAGCAAACUGGACGAGCAGUCAAUCCACCGGGACAAGCACGAGAGGACUGGAAAAUCGUUCGCGCAUUAUCGGAGGUUUGCGGCGAGGUUUUGCCAUACAACGACUUGCGUGACCUUCGUUCUCGAAUGGCAGAACUGUCGCCGACUUUAGUCAGAUACGGAGAUCUAGAGGCUGCAAACUUUUUCUCUCUUGCUCAUAAAUUGAUCAAAGGAACAUCGUUGACUUUGUCUAGCAAACCGUUGAAACCACAUCUGAGGGAUCUGAGGGAUUUCUAUAUGACUGAUUCGAUCAGUCGGUCGUCGCGCACGAUGGCCAAGUGUGUGCUGUCUGUGUCAAAGAAGUGAAGGAAUGGUCUCUAUGUGCUUAUAGUAACUGUUGACAUAUUUGGUAUCUAAUAGUCCUGUUAGUGUGUUGGCAUAUAUGUAUACUGUAUAGUAUUUGUUGUAAUAAUACUAACUGCCAGCUACUCGCUAAGGAGUGUGUGUGCACGUGUGUGUGU